GUAAACAGCAACGGUGGGCAGCGAGUUUCCAGCUAGCACGGAUGCUAGCCGCGCGCACGACCGAGCCGACACUGAGACAGGAGCUUCCAGUUUUCAAAUAAAAAUGCAUUUUCUAUGAAUGAUGUAAAUAAUGUGGUCUGACUGGUCAAAAGUUCAGAAAACUGCGAAAAGGACCGAAGUCGCUGCGUUGCUAGCUAACGUUAGCUGGCUGGCUAACGCUAAACCCGUCCAGACAGGAUGGCGGCGCUGAGGAGGACGGAGACUGCACAGCAAGGAGAUUAAAAUGGGAGCCGGAGCGUCUGUAUCACUCUGUCAAAGUGCAUCGUCAGUGAGGGUGCUGAAGCACAGCGCUCGUGUAGAACCAGAGUCCAGGAUCCCAGAGCCAGACCCUGGGGCAGUAUUUGGGGUGCCACUGUCAAGACUGAGGGAUGCUGGAAAGCUGCAGCAUGGUGUACCCCUGGUGCUCAAAAACAUGGUGGAGUUCCUGGAAAAGUACGGUCUCCAGCAGAACGGUGUGUUCAGAGUGUGUGGGUCAGCGCCACGCUGCAGGACAAUGCGCGUGUGUUUGGACCACGGGGAGCGUAUGGAUCUGGAGAGAGGAGAUGUGCCGAUUGUGGCCUCUCUGCUCAAACUGUACCUGAGGGAACUGCCCUGUGGACUCAUUCCGAACACACACAGCAAACGCAUGCAGCAGGCACUCAUGGACUCUAAAGACGGGACAGAACUGUCUGAGGCGCUGAAGGAAAUCCUGACCCAUCUCCCUGACGACAAUUACAACAUCCUGUCCUACCUCCUGCACUUCCUGUCCCGAGUGGCCGCCCACAGCCAGUGGAAUCACAUGACCUCGGAGAACUUAGCCACAGUGUUUGGGCCUUGCAUUUUCCGUGUCCCUGAGGGUCCCAGGAUGCUGGAGGAACAGACAGUGUGCAACACCCUUACACUGCACCUUCUGGAGAAGCAUUCACACCUGAUCCCAGACACACACACUCACACACCCAGCGGGGACUUUGCACAACCGCCCCCUCCUCUCACUGAUAUGACACAGGAGGUACAGAAGGAGCAGUCUUGUAAUGAGGGCAUCAUGUGUGGCAUGAGUGUGGAAGAAACCAAAGAUAUGAGGGCCCACCUGCUGAUCACAGCAGAGAUGCAACCACUGUCCAGCAGUGGAGUGGAGAAAGAAAAUGAGGCAAAAAACAAAGAUAAAGAAGAACGAAUUCACCCCAAACAAGAAUCCUGCAUCCUUGGAGAAGAUCAGUCCUGCUGCGCUCGCUCAGAUACGAGCCCAUCUCUGCUGCAGUGCGCUGUGGACCCCCCGUCCCCAAACAACAACAACAACAACGCUCACUUAUAUACACACCCGGGUAGCAACACAGACACUCACAGUAACAAGACACACUCAGAGACCCACAACAAAAAACGCUCCAAGAGCAGAAAGACGCACAGCCAGAGACACACACACACUCCAAACAGCGCACACAUUACAACCAUCACGCCCCCUAAACCCAGGAACACACACUCUCACACACUCUCUGAGAGCAGCAUCUCACACACUCAGAACAAUCACACACACUCCAAGUCCAGCCACACACUCUCUGAGAGCAGCAUCUCACACACUCAGAACAAUCACACACACUCCGAGUCCAACCACACACUCUCUGAGAGCAGCAUCUCACAAAUUCAGAGCAACCUCACACACUCUGAGUCCAACCACACAGUCUCUGAGAGCAGCAUCUCACAAAUUCAGAGCAACCUCACACACUCUGAGUCCAACCACACACUCUCUGAGAGCAGCAUCUCACACACUCAGAACAAUCACACACACUCCGAGUCCAGCCACACACUCUCUGAGAGCAGCAUCUCACACACUCAGAACAAUCACACACAUUCCGAGUCCAGCCACACACUCUCUGAGAGCAGCAUCUCACAAAUUCAGAGCAACCUCACACACUCUGAGUCCAGCCACACACUCUCUGAGAGCAGCAUCUCACAAAUUCAGAGCAACCUCACACACUCUGAGUCCAACCACACACUCUCUGAGAGCAGCAUCUCACACACUCAGAACAAUCACACACACUCCGAGUCCAGCCACACACUCUCUGAGAGCAGCAUCUCACAAAUUCAGAGCAACCUCACACACUCUGAGUCCAACCACACACUCUCCGAGAGCAGCAUCUCACACACUCAGAACAAUCACACACACUCUGAGUCCAGCCACACGCAUACUGCUCACACACACACCGAGGAAGAACCCAGACCAGUGUCCAUCUGUGAACAGUCCAGCCACAACAGCCAGGCAGCUCCAGUUUGGAAAGCCACGUGUGCCCACCCCUCUCCUCACUGUCUAAUCCUGAGCCAGAAUCAGCACAUAAGCAGCCAGCAAGACUCUGCCUCCUCCAGCCAAUCACACAUCAUGUCUGAGUGUAUGAGCACUGGAAACAGUGCAGACAGUUCAAGUGAGACGUCUGUCGCUCUGCUUCAGCUCCAUAUUCACAGCCUCAAACAAGCAAUCAGGAGCUUUGAUGACUCUUUCCAGCACAACCACAACUACAAGGCUGGGCACAGGGAUAAGACGGCUGAAUAUAAAGUGGCGAGUCUCAAGAUGGAUCUCUGCAAAGCCCGCAAGCAGCUCAAAGAGUUAAGAUCAAGACAGUGUCCGGAUGGACUGAAAAAGUCACACAGUUCAUCUACUGUCCUGCAGGCGGUCAGUGUGCCUGAGAUAAAACCUGCACUGGAGGACACAGUAAAAACACUAAUGCAGCACCUUAAAGAAAAACGGAAGGAGCUAAACCUACCAGAUCACGUACAGGACAUGUCUUGGGCUCAGCUGGCUCUGGAGAAGAUGAUACUGCAGAAGAGUCUGCUUUACUACGAGAGUCUUCAUGGCAGACCGAGGUCCAGAGAGGAGCGGAGUGUGAUGAGAGAGCUGUACGAUCGCUAUCGUUCAGUGAAGAAAGCGUUCUACACUUCAAACAAACAGACCAACACCACUGGAAAGGAUGCAGACUCGGACGUGUGUAUUCAGCAGCCACUUUGCAGCAUGGUUUCCAUACCAGCACAAGAAGACAGUAAUCCUGCUUUCAUCUUACAGCUGGAGGAGGGAAAGCAGGAAACGGCUCCGACAAAUAAUACGCAAGCAGUCAACAGGGCAGAGCUCCUGAGGCAGCUGAGAGCCACGAGGGAAGAGAAGAGACGGUUGAGGAAGAUUCUGAAAGAGUACGAGGAGGCGGUUCUCGUAAAGACUGGCAGGAGCGCGCAGAAGGAGGACCAGGCGCUCAUGGCGGCGCAAUACGACCGCUACAAAACUCUGAAAGCCAGGCUGAAGUUGCUGAAAAGCAUGCUGGGAAAGACACACACUCAGAAAGCAGCCAGGUGAGAGAGGUUUGAGUCACCUGGCGUGGAAAUCCUGUGCCACGCUAAAGACCACAGCACAUUGAUUUAUUAACUGGAAAAAUGAUGUAAUCAGCGGCAGCUUAUGUUUCGAUACUGUCUAUGCUCUCUACAUAGUGCUGAAAUAUGAUUAUUUAUUAAAUAAAUCUGUCAUCUGUGACAAAUACGCCAUCUAAUUGAUGAAAAACAAAAUGAAAAAGUGGACCUUUUGUAUCAAAAUUUCUAGUCAAUUUUUUUGUAACCAAAGCUGAAAUAUUUGCACGUCUCAGGUACAUAAGCUAUCAUUUCACAGUGACCACAACUGGUAGAGAGAGUAUUAAGACUGCACUCUCUGUAACUGAAUCCGAAUUUGAUAUGAAAGGUGGUUUCUGUCGGUGCUGCAUAGAGUGCAGUGCUGCUACAGAUUGCCUGCUGUUGGCCUGGUGUUGCGGAAAUGCAGCAAAGACAAACUGCACAUGUAAUCAUUGUUUUUACUGUCAUGAGCUUUUUUCUGUGCAAUUCUGCUUAAUAAGCUGUCUUAUUUUUCUGUUUUCUAUCAAAGAGAAAUAAAUGUUAUGUAAGAA